AUGAAGCGGGGCAAUGGUUAUCAUGAUGACGGUCCGCCAAGAAAACUAUUGCGCAACGAUGAUCCAAGCAAACUUCUAAGAGUUCUUAUUCCGACUCGUGCAGCUGGUCCCAUAAUCGGAAAGGGUGGUGAUACGAUCAAGGACCUGCGAUCUCAGUAUUCAGUUCGGCUUCACAUACCUGAUAGCAGAGGUCCAGAACGAGUUUUCAAUCUCGAGGGCGAAAGGGUGAACAUUUGUGGAUGUCUUCGUGAACUUCAACAUGUUUUUCUGGAUGUUCUUAGCGCAAAGAAUGCCGAUCCACGCCUUUUGGAGGGUAGAAAGGAUGACGAUGGGAAUGAUCUCGAUCCUUCAAGGUUGCUCGAUCUUCGCAUUCUUGUCCAUCACAGUCAAGUCGGUUCUGUAAUUGGUAAGAGCGGUGAUAAAGUUAAGGAACUUCGUGAGAGGCAUCGAAUGCAAAUUAUCAAAAUAUAUCAAGAGUUUGCGCCUCUUUCAACCGAUCGGGUCUUGCAGUUGAUUGGUGAACCAGAAAAUGUAUUCACAUGUGUGGAAGACAUCAUGGAAACGCUCGAAGAAACACCACCAAAAGGUCCACGCAGUGAUUAUGAUGCCAACAACUACAACGUGGAUAAAUUGCCGCCGCCACCUCCAUCGUCUUAUGAUCGAUAUGGUCCACCCCCGCCGAUGCCACCUCACCAUGGUUAUCCUCCUUACGACGCUCCCCCUCCGGGUCCCUACAGCCCUCCACCCUACGGUCGUGGAGGCAGCAGACACGGUCCUCCACCGGCGCCUGUUCCUCCUCCGUCUGGACAUUUACCGCCUUACGGAUACGAUGAUGCUCCACCUCCAGCUCCCAAUUACUACGAUCGUGGCUACUCAAGACGUGGACCACCACCUCAUAGCAGCGGCUACAGACGUUAA